AUGUCGUGCCCAGAGGAACUGUCUGCUGUGGUAGAUGAGGACCUGCUUGACUUCCUCCUGAGGGAUGAUGCUCCCUGCCCUGAAAUUCCAGGGGAGGAGAAUGGUCUGCUGGGAGACUGCAGCCUAGCAGAGCCUGAGAUCCUAGGCAAGGAGAUGGAUGACUUCAUCAGCUCCCUAGUGAGCGCCUUUGAAGACCAACCAGACACACUGCAAGGUUAUUCGCCUGCUGACAGUGACAGUGGCAUUUUUGAGGAUCAGCAUCUGUCCCAUAGCCCUGGCAGUGACUUUGCCAGCAGCCUUUGGAGCUCAGGCAUUGUGCAGGUUGAUCACAACUAUUCCCUCCAUCAAGACUGGCCUGUGCGGGAAAGUGUGAAAUCUGAAGUGUCAGAAGGAGAUGUUUCCAUUGACCUUGGGACAUGGAUGGGUUUGGAAGGCCCAAGCAAGGAACAGAGCUCCAGUUUCUCCACUGCUGUUGCUGUGGAUGCUGGUCCCCAGCUGGUGCCUGGAGUCAUCAUGCAGUCCAAAUUCCCAGAGCUGGUCCUGACAGAGGAGGAGAGGAAGCUCCUGGAGAAAGAAGGUGUUACGUUACCAACCUGUUUGCCACUGACCAAAGCUGAAGAGCGGGUACUGAAGAAAGUGCGUCGGAAGAUCCGGAACAAGCAUUCAGCCCAGGAUAGUCGUCAGAGGAGGAAGAUCUAUGUGGAUGACCUGGAAAACAGAGUGGCAUUCUGUACAGCUCAGAACCAUGAGCUGGAGAAGAAGGUGCAGCUGCUGCAGAAGCAGAACAUGUCACUGCUCGAGCAGCUGCAGAAACUGCAGGCCAUGGUGAGACAGUCCACCACCAAAACUACCACAGCAAAAACCUACACCAUGGUUGUGGUUCUGUCCUUCUGCCUCAUUGUGUCCCCCAGCAUCUGCUUGUUUGGUAGCAGAGAGCCACAGCCGGAGCUCAGAGUGCUGUCACGGCAGAUUCGCGAAUUCCCAAACCAGGUAGCAUCUGAUGUGCUGGAGAACGCAGUGCUGGAGGGGUUUAGCCCAAAGCCUGAGGACCCCUCACCGUCGAGCGGCCUCAGUCAGUCGUGGGAACAGGGGCAGAGUCCAUCCAACCCCGGUCCCAGAUCUUCUUUCAACAGCAACUCAUCCUUUGACCCUCUGGUGGCAGUGGGCUCCGAGCUGGGCCCUUCGAGCGACCCUUUGCAGGCAGAGGUGACAGCAGCAUGGGAAGCCAAGAGGCAAGAGUGGGUGGAACACACUACCACAGUUGUCAUCCAGCAGCACCAUGCUGAUGAGAUGUGA